UCUUAUCUUGCGUGUGCACUCUUUGGCUUAACCAACUAGUAGGUAGUAGCUGAGCGAUAUCUACGCUAGUGUGGAGAAGUGAGGAGGUUGUUCAAGUCCAAGGUUACGUUGAAAACAGGAAGGAUACCCCACGUAUUUAUUCAUUUGCCGUGACAAGAGCCGUGUGGUGAAUCGAGGGAGCAUGACAGGGGAGGCGUCCACAGUGGUAAAUUUAAGGUUGUGUAUGCAUCACAUGGCCCUGCUCCGUAGGUGUCCGCGUCCUGGCUCCCGGCUCCAGAUGACCAGAUCCUUCAGCUCACUCAGGGAAGGGAAGCGCCGAGGGCUGUUAUGGAAGACAUUUGUUGGCAUCUCUGUUGGCGUGCCCGUGGUGGUGGGAGUCAAGUACGCUGUGUCAGAGCCUCGAGAGAGGAGGAAGAUGAGGAUUGUGUUCGAAGGAUUCGGCCGGUUCUUUAGAUCUCUCUCUGUCGGACUCUUAAUCUCAGUAGAUUAUUGGUGGACCACAAAUGUGGCACUGCGCAGCCUAGAUGAGAGCAGCCCAUCCUAUUUGGCUGGGAUGUCAGCUUGCCACCAGAGGGCAGCAGAGCACAUGGUGGAAGGAGCUGUGAGGAACGGAGGAAUAUACAUCAAACUCGGCCAGGGUCUGUGUUCCUUCAACCACCUGCUACCCCCAGAGUACAUCCACACUCUGCAGGUCCUGGAGGACCAGGCCUUGAACAGGAGGUACAAAGAGGUGGAUGCUCUUUUCCAAGAAGACUUCAACAAAACUCCAGAGCAGCUAUUCAAAACGUUUGACUACGAGCCCAUAGCUGCUGCCAGCUUGGCCCAGGUUCACAAGGCAGAGUUGUUUGAUGGGACCCCUGUUGCAGUGAAGGUGCAGUACAUUGACCUCAGGGAUCGGUUUGAUGGCGACAUCAGGACGUUGGAGAUCCUCCUGGAUAUUGUUAAGCUGAUGCACCCCAGUUUUGGAUUCCGAUGGGUCCUCAAGGACUUGAAGGGGACACUGGCUCAAGAGCUGGACUUUGAGAAUGAAGCCAGGAACUCUGAGAGGUGCGCGGAAGACCUGAAACAUUUCAGAUUCAUUGUUGUGCCCAAAGUCUUCUGGGAACAAACCAGUAAGAGAGUGCUGACAGCCGAGUUUUGCGAAGGUUGCAAAAUCAAUAAUGUGGAAGAAAUUAAAAGACAAGGACUAAGUUUUAAAGAUAUUGCUGACAAACUGAUCCGGACAUUUGCUGAGCAGAUAUUCUACACUGGCUUCAUUCAUGCUGACCCCCACCCUGGCAAUGUUCUCGUGAGAAGAGGUGCUGAUAACAAGGCAGAGUUGGUGCUGUUGGAUCACGGCUUGUAUGAAUACCUAAGCCAAAGGGACAGAGUGUCCCUCUGUAAACUGUGGCGGUCCAUCGUCCUGCGCGAUGAAGCGGCCAUGGAAAAGUACUCCAACGCCCUCGGGGUCAAACAGUACUUCCUUUUCUGCGAGAUGCUGCUGCAGCGACCAAUCAACAUGCGGGAGCUGGGUCUGUCCAACAUCCUGAGUCGAGAGGAGACGACCUACAUGCGCGACAUGGCCAUCAACCGUUUCGAAAGCAUCAUGAAGGUGCUGAAGUCUAUGCCUCGGCCCAUGCUGCUCGUCUUCCGCAACAUCAACACCGUCCGGAGCAUCAACAUCACACUGGGAGCGCCGGUGGACCGCUACUUUAUCAUGGCUAAGAGUGCGGUCCGAGGCUGGGGGAAGAUCCAGGCAGAUCGACCGGGGAUUCUGCCAAAACUCUGGGUUUCCCGCUGGAUGUGGACAGCCUGGGAAAGCCUCAAGUUUGAGCUGGCUCUGAGAUCAGAGAUGGCAUUGAUGUCUCUGACACGGACAUUUGUGAGCAUGCUGUCUUACUUUGGUCUUAUAUCUCUGGACGCCGAGAUGUACGAGUACCUGAGAUAGACAACAGCCCACUGUCCUCCACCUUAAAAGGACCAGAAGUUAAGGACCUAUUUAAAGCACGAGUGAAUGUAACUCAAAAAAUGGAAAGAAAACACUGAGGACAUUUUCGUUACCGCUGCAGUUUGACUGCUAGUAAUGGUGCUACUUGAGUUUCCACUGUUUCCACACCAAAUCAUGUCCUGGACUGUGGUAUGGCAAAUUGGAUCUUGAAAAUGGAAAAUGAGAAUGUAGAUGCUAAAUCGCAGGACUUCACAGCACCAAAACCAACGCAGUUUCACACAAAACCAGGCUACCAGUGCCACUGUGUAGUCUCAGUGCUGGAGACAAAUGUUUUUACAUUUAACACACCAUUUUAAGUUCAGUUGGAUUACAUUUAUUUAACAUGUUUUUCUAUGAUUUUAAGUCAUUUAAGAUGUGGUAGUAUGACUUUAAAAGCAACUUCUUUUAAAAACCAAAUUUUGAAGAUGUUUUAAGUAGCAGUUUUUACAUUUUCAGAAAUUUGGUGACUCUGGAAGACAUUUACUUGGCCAUGUAUUCCCUCGGGAAUUCUUCGUAGCAACUAUUAUCAUCUGGCUUGGUAAUACAGAAGAGCGGUUGUAUUCAGUGAGAAUUUUUAUUGAUACCCUGGCUGCAAACAAGCAAGCUGCAACUAAGUUAAGAAGUCAUGAUUAACGCCAUCCCUAUGGGAGUGGGUUUAAAUCUUGAAAAGAAUUUGUGGUGAUAUGAAAAGUAUUAGAGUGUUUCAUUGAGAAGCAGCAAUCUCUCCAUUCACGCUGGCCUUUGAAAUAUUUCAGAUCUAAAAGUGCAGCAUCAGUGAAAGCAAUACAAACUGGUAAUGUUCGUCUGUAUGAAGUAUGCUGAUGUAAGAAUUAGCAUGUAAUAACCUUUGUGUUAGAUAAACCAUUUCAGGGUUGUGUGUCUUAGAUGAAAGCCAUUACAAACAGGAGGCUGCUGGUGUGUUUGUGCUGUAAGUCAGGUCAAUAUUUUACUUGUUUAAUUUACUUCACCUCCAGACAGCUUUGUGUAAUCAAGUUUGCACAUGUUCAGAAAACAAUCCAACUCCCGCCAGCCAAAUGUUUUUAAAUUAAAUGAUUUUAACAAAAUGUUACUAAUAAAAUGUCCUACCUCCUUUUCUA